CAUGCGCGAAAGGGUCAGAGCGUGGCCCGGAAGUGGAGCAUUUUACGCUUUCAUUCAGUAAACUGAGCCAGCAGUGUGUGCAACAAAUCUUUUUAGAUUUGAAGACAAAUACAUGGGCACUGAAUAUUAAAGUCUACGAGUUUCUUAUAGCAUUAGAAGCUGUGCAGGUUAUUGUGUGAAGAAUAUGGCUCAAAUGAGACAUUUUCCGAGACGAAGGGACGGACCUCUUCCGCCUCGACCACCACCCGCCUGGGACGAGCACCUGGCCUACGAGGAGCUGCUGCACUGGGAUAAUCUCAUGCAGGAGGGGUACCACCUCCACCCGCACGACUACGAGCGGUAUGAAGAGUUGCGUUAUUGGUAUGAUUGCUUGUGUUAUGAAGAAGACCUCAGGCAGUACAAUGACUACAUCGUGGAGUACAGGAAGUGGGAGGAGGAGAAUUUGCACCCAGAGGAACCGAUGCCACCAAUGAGGCCACCGCCUCAGCGAACGUUUGUGAAUGAGGAUCGUUAUUUACGGGCCAAGCACACAACAGUAUAUCCGUCAUCAGAGCAGCUAGAUGCUGUGCAGAACAUGGUGUCUCAUAUAGAGUUUGCAAUGAAGGCUGUCUCUGAUUGGUUUAAUGAAAAAGAGGCCGGUGACACCGAUACUAAAAGCAAAUCCUCGCAAAGUAAACUGCGUGGCGUUUUGAGAGUAGGCCUGGUGGCUAAAGGACUCCUGCUCAAAGAUGACUUGGAUUUAGAGUUGGUGCUGCUCACCAGAGAUGCACCUACCAGCUCCCUCCUCAGGCUGGUCUCUGGAAAACUCUCAGAACUCAUAAAGGAUGUGACUGAGGAGAAAUACGUCAUCACUCCAUCGAUCCAGGAAGCUUCUGUUAUUGUUACAAGCACGAAGGAACCCCUUUUGAAACUCCGCAUCCAUCUGACCUCACCUGUGGUCAGGGAGCAGGUUGAAAAAGAGGCAUCUGGAGAACCGUGCGCGGAAAGCUCUCCGCAGGACGCUCUGGACAGGCAGAAAUGCCUGGCUUCUCUGGCGUCUCUCCGCCAGGCCAAGUGGUUCCAGGCUAAAGUGUCCGGGCUUGAGUCGUGUGUCAUUGUGAUUCGGAUCUUGCGGGACUUGUGUUCCCGUGUUUCAACAUGGGCACCGCUCAAAGGCUGGACUCUUGAGUUGCUGUGUCAGAAGGCCAUUUCCACCAGCGAGAGGAUGCUGGGUCCUGGAGAGGCUUUUCGCAGAGUUCUGGAGUGUCUUGCUUCAGGGAUUAUAAUGGAGGGUGGUCCAGGCAUUUCUGAUCCUUGUGAGCGCGACACCACUGAUGCUGCCGUGUAUCUUACAUCGCAGCAGAGAGAAGACAUUACCCAGAGUGCACAGUUUGCAUUACGACUGUCAGCGUUUGGGCAGCUUUACAAAGUUUUGGGAAUGGACAGGCUCACUUCCAAAGCUGCUAGAAUGAUUGAACACAGAGUGCCUGAUCCUCCAAUAAAGAGACCAAGGGAAUCUUUUGAUGGUGGGGAUUUUGAUACUAGGCUGAAGUUUCCAAGAAAAGAAAGGAAAGAGCCACCAAAUGCCCUGAUGAAGCUAAAUCAACUGCGUCCUGGGACUGUUUACAAAUUGGCAUCACAGACUGGGCCUGAACAUGAGCCUCAGUUCUCAAUGACUGUAGAGGUGGAUGGGGUAACAUAUGAGGCAACAGGCCCUUCCAAACGCAGCGCCAAGCUCCAUGUUGCCCAGAAAGUACUGGUGGCGUUAGGUGUACCUCUGCCAUCAGAGACCAAGCCGGCUGAGGAAAAGAAGAGCCAGUCUGUUUCCACUCCUGCAGCCACUGCUUCAAGUGAAAACACUCCCACAGGCUCUGAUGACGGCGCUGAGGGUGGCCCCAUCCUCACCAAACAUGGCAAGAAUCCCGUCAUGGAGCUCAAUGAGAAGCGCAGAAGUCUGAAAUAUGAGCUUGUCUCUGUCAAGGGACGCUUCAACGACAAGACCUUCACUAUUGAGGUGGAUGUUGAUGGACAGAAAUUUCAGGGCUCUGGAUCAAAUAAGAAAUUAGCCAAAGCCAACGCAGCACUUGCGGCUUUAGAACAGCUGUUUCCAAAUUGUCCUCCAGAACCGGUCAAGAAAAAGAAAUUCAAUCCUAUGGGAUAUGGUAUGGGUGGGGUGUCUUUCAAUCGAGGCAGGGGUAGAGGCAGAGGUCGAGGCAGAGGAUUUAACACCACCAAGUUUACAGACCCCAGCACCUCUGUGAAUCCCCAGGCAGACCCAUCCGCUGCCUCCACCGCCAGCGCAGCCACCUACCAGGCUGUUCCUCCACCUGUGACUGGUUAUUACAACCAAUACACCCAAUCCUACUCACAGUUCAAAAAACCCCAGGACCAGGCCCAGAAUGAGAAUCAAAACCAGAGCAAAACAGCAAAUCAACAGGCUCCUCUUGUUGGACCAGACUAUGGCUAUGGGUAUCAAGGGGCUGGCAUGAACAUGGCAGCACCACCUAAUUACAAUUAUGCUGCAUACAGUGGACCCCCUGGAACAGCAUCAUUCGGACCACCUGGAACAACAAAUCAGAGCUAUAACUUCACCCAGAGCGCAUAUCCAAACCUGGGCGGCUACAGCAGCGGUGGAGCGAGCACCACAGACUACACUUACAGAUAAACACUGCAGGUUUGAGCAGUACAGACGCUUAUUCAAACAACUCAGACAUCCUUUCUGUAAUUCUAUAGCUUGCCGUGUACUGCUAGGUUAAAGCAUUCACUCGAAAGCUUUUGAGAUUUUAUACUGUUUCUUUUUUUUUGUCUUUGCCUUCUGAGUUUAGCAUGGUUUUGAUUCACCACACAUUUCAGGAAAUUCUACUUCAGGAUGGUGGAAGUUGCUUUCUGUCUGUGCCUAGAUGGUUGGUGUGAUUCAAAUGGAAGAUAUUUGUCACAUUACUCUGUUUUUCCCCCUAAGAUAUAUUUAUUCUCAUCCUUUUGUUUUGCUUCUAAGGUUUUAGCUUUUGGUUUGUUUCGGACUGAAUGUGGACGGUAGAAUGAGCAAGACUUUGUUUCCUUGCCUGAAACCACUUUAGAUGUUCCUUGUUUUGGAGUUUUAAGAGAUUUGAGUUCAAUCUUGGCAUCUUUUAUGUCGUCUUUUAUGUAGUGUUGCGGUUCAACGUGAAAUAGGCAAGUGCAGGAUGUUUUGUGUUCUCCGAGGUGGAUGUUGUUUGUGAAAUCUUGCAACUGUUAAGAAAUAAACCUUUUUUUCUAUUUUUAA